UUCCUUUAUGGUGGGGGGUGCAGGGAGCAGGAGGAAGGGCAGGAGGUACUUGCAGGGGGUCUCACCCUGGAUUUCCCUUCAGGUUUUGUGGUCCUGGUCCUGCUCCAGAGCUGUGCUGCAUACAAGCUGAUCUGCUACUACACCAGCUGGUCCCAGUACCGGGAGGGUGAUGGGAGCUGCUUCCCAGAUGCCAUCGACCACUUCCUCUGUACCCACAUCAUCUACAGCUUUGCCAACAUAAGCAACAAUGAGAUCGACACCUGGGAAUGGAAUGAUGUGACGCUCUAUGACACACUGAACACACUCAAGAACAGGAAUCCCAACCUGAAGACCCUUCUAUCUGUUGGAGGAUGGAACUUUGGUUCUCAAAGAUUUUCCAAAAUAGCCUCCAACACCUGGAGUCGCAGAACUUUCAUCAAGUCGGUGCCACCAUUUCUGCGGACCCAUGGCUUUGAUGGACUGGACCUAACCUGGCUCUACCCUGGGCGGAGAGACAAGCAGCAUCUCACCACUCUGGUCAAGGAAAUGAAGGCUGAGUUUGCAAGAGAAGCCCAGGCAGGAGCAGAGCAACUCCUGCUAAGCGCAGCAGUGUCUGCUGGGAAGAUUGCCAUUGACAGAGGCUAUGACAUCGCCCAGAUAUCCCGACACCUGGACUUCAUCAGCCUUUUGACCUAUGACUUUCAUGGAGCGUGGCGCCAGACCAUAGCACAUCACAGCCCCCUAUUCCGAGGCCAGGAAGAUACAAGUUCUGACAGAUUCAGCAAUGCUGACUACGCUGUGAGCUAUGUGUUGAGGCUGGGGGCCCAGGCCAAUAAGCUGGUGAUGGGUAUCCCCACUUUUGGGAGGAGCUUCACCCUGGCCUCUUCCAAGACAGAUGUGGGAACCCCGACCUCAGGGCCAGGAAUACCAGGCCAGUUCACCAAGGAGAAAGGGACCCUCGCCUACUAUGAGAUCUGUGACUUCCUCCAUGGAGUCACGGUCCAUAGACUCCUUGGUCAGCAGGUCCCCUAUGCCACUAAGCGCAACCAGUGGGUGGGGUAUGAUGAUCAGGAGAGCGUCAAAAACAAAGUGCAGUACCUGAGGAACAGGCAGCUGGCCAGCGCCAUGGUGUGGGCCCUGGACUUGGAUGACUUUCAGGGCACCUUCUGCGGACAGAAUCUGCACUUCCCUCUCACCAGUACCAUCAAGGAUGCGCUUGCUGAGGUGUAGCCUUCGGUUCUUGGGCACACAGUGAGGCAGAGAUCACUUGGCUCUGACUGGCUAGGAGACUGAUCACCUGCCCUCCUGGGUCCCCUGUUGAGCUUCAGUCUCCCUUCCUUGGGCCCAUGCAGAGGGCCACAGCUCUGCCGUCUGAGCUCAGCUCCGGUGGACAGGCAGGUAAGGGUGGGGCUGCGGGACCAACACAGUGUAAGACACGGGGUCAGCACAUAACUGCUGAUUAAGGAGAAUGCUCAACAACUCCAAGCCCCACACAACGAGAUUUCUUCAACUCCCUUACCCUCAGGCCUCCAUGCCUAAGGACACCAUUUUGGCAAGCUCUACCACCGCAGAGUGAAAUAUCUUACAAGAAGCAGCAACCACACUAAUUAUAUCCUCUGCAAAGCCCAACUUGAAACCUUUACUCAGGAACAUAAUCAUGUCCCCAUUCCACUUCCCAUUCCUGAUUCUGCAGCUGCUCAAUAAAACACUGGGGCUCACCAGUUAUUAGUGCUUGCUUCAGUCUAUCUUUGCGGUCCCACUGGACCCACGGGGCUCACCUCCCCCAUGUCUUCUGGAUUCCUCUCUCUCAGGCUUGGUAGUCCUGAGCUGCAGAAAGUGAGACCACCCUGUCCUCUGCUGGGCCCCAACAAGUCCCCAAAAGAGGCAAGCAUCACCAGAUCCAUCAGUCAUGGACUUAACCCAAGAGGGCUGAUGGGCUUCCAGAUCUUAAAAGUCAUUGUCGUCCAGACUUCUCGAUACAGUUCCUUGUUGAAAGAAGCCUUUUCUGUUUCCAGGGGCUAGCAGGCACUAGGAAGGAAACCCUUUAACACCAACCCUUCAUCUCCUCUCUCCCUGGGGAGGGGUAGGAGACAACACAGGCUCAGGUUAGAGAGAGCCCUGACCCUGGACUCUCAGGGCUAGAAGGAGAUACCUAUGUUACCUCACAUACCCUCCCUCUGUCCCAGGCCUAGAGUCUCUACAGGGCUUGAGAGCUAGCCUUCCAACCUCCCACACUCUCAGUGACCAGUUGCUCAUUACCGUAGAGGAACCCUUUCCAUUGCUGGGCUGAAAUCAGUCAGAUGUCUUAGGGCUAUAAUCCAGCCGUCUCUCCCCUCUCGGGACAUAGCCCUCAACCCAUGCAGAGAUCAAGACUCCUCAGCUCAGCCUGGGACAUGAGGUGGGGGCCAGAUGGGACGGGAUGGGUCAGACGGGAUGAGCUCAGAUCAGCCAGCCUUCCAGCCUUUAUGAAGUAGAGAUGUUCUCAGCAGUUUCUGUGAACUCCCAGAGCCCCGAACAUGCCUUGUAUCCAAAGAGAGUUCAGCUGUAUGCUCCAAAACCAAAGAGAAUUUAUUUGUGGAUUCCCUGAUGUUUGGAUUGUCUGUGACUUGGCCUAGUGGUUUGUGACACUGGUUUGAGCUGUGGGGAAGAAAACACCUAUUGGCCUCCCUGAAAUCUGAACCAGCUGGAGCGGGGCAGAUGCAACUGAUCCCAAGGUCACCGCCAAGCUAAAGGCAAAGAGAGUGAGAACUUGGCCAGAGCUUCAGCGGGUACCUGGCAUUUCGCUGCUGGCCAGUGGGCCAAGCAUUCCCUAAUCCCUGCCCACUGCCUACCCUACCACACAGGGGUCUUUGAAAAGCCAGAGGCUGUGAGUCCUCCAGGGCAAUCAACCCCCACCCUACCUC